UAAUCUUCCGUUCGCUUUCCACCGCCUGUAUUGCUUGUCCAGCAUGUCCACCAUUUCACGGCCAGGCGGAAUCGUCAUUUACACAUCGGCAAUAUGCUUUGCCGUUGUGACUGUUACUGCCAUCACCGUCGUGCUUCUAAAGACGAACCCUAAACGUGCACAACCACUUGAUUCAGAACCAUACGAGGAACCAAUCGCGCUCGAGAAGGAAGCGUGCUCCACUGCAGCUUGUGCCGACGCAUCAAAACAGCUGGUAAGGACUAUCAGCCAGGAGAUAGCACCCUGUCACAACUUUUACCGGUUCGUCUGUGAUGGUUGGGAACGGACGCAUCCACCCAAGGACAACAUCUACCUACGUAGCGUGUUGGCCGAGGCUGAAAACAAUGUAAAAAAGAUGCUUAUGUUGGCUUUGGAGUCAGCACCCGUUCCUCGACGAAACCAGUCUCAGAUCGAUAAGAUCACCGCCCUAUAUCGUUCUUGCACUAGCAGUCAGUACACAGAGGGCAACAGCAUGAAGUCGAUAGGAAGGUUCUUGAAGGUGCAUUACCAGAAUUGGCCAGAACUAGAUGUACCAGACAUUGUAGAGUUCUUUGAUUAUGUCUUGGAGCUAGACAUUCGAUGGCGACUGAAUAUUAUGUUCCGCUAUGAACUGCACGAAGAAGCGAACAGGCAGAUGUCGGUUGUGCUGAAGCCGUAUAAGCCCCCGAUUUUGGCGAAGAACGUCCGUCCCGCUUACAUGUCCCUUGUACAGGAGGUAGCCAGGAUGAUUGGCGGUGAUCACGAUGGGAACUAUGUGGACUUAGCGGCAGCAGUCCUUUCAUUUGAGACCAAGCUAAGUGAGAUGCCCUUGGAUACUGGGUACGUCGCCAUCCAGUGGACAAAGAUAUUGACCAUAUUUCCAGGGACAACGUAUCAGAUGUGGCUGGAGCCAUUCGCCAAGUACCACCAUCUCGGUAACCGUAUCAGGGCUACCAGCUCGGUGUACAUAUACAGUCCACUCUAUUUCAAAUCAUUUGUUGCUCUUCUGUUCCUCAACGCGCACAAUGGUAGCGCGUCAUGGUACGUCAAUUGGCGUUUCAUUCAGUCACUUGGAUGCAGGACGUCGUAUGAGUUCCGACAGCUUACAGAAACGCAGUUACUGUGGCCAUCAGGGGAGUGCGGGGCAACCGAUGUGCACAUCUACUGUCAGACACUCGUUCGAAGCCUCUUGGUUCCGCAAUGGAAAGGCCUUGUUACUAAGGUUCUCCUGUCUCCAAAAGCCGUGCAUGAUGUCACUGAUAUUGCAAGGAAUCUACGUAAGGUACUCGAAGACAAGCUGAGAUUGGCUGUCUGGAUGGACGCGACGACACGUAUGCGGGCGUUUUCGAAGCUGAAGUCACUCAAGGAAGAGCUUCCAAGGUUGUUUAUAUUCGACGCCAAGGAGCCUGACUUCGAGCGCUACUCGAGAAUUCCAGACAUGACGCCGUCAUUCGUAGACAACUGGUUAGCGUUGAGGCAGGCACUGGGGCUUCUCGUCGAAAACGUGACCCGUACUUACCAAUUGGAUUUCAGUGUUCACUACGACAACUUAAUCAAUGUCUUGCAUGUAAAUGUUGAUGUCCUGACAAGACCUGUUUACUCGUAUGGCGUCCCGGUGACUCUCAACUACGCUGGAUUAGGUACCAUGAUUGUACGAGAAUACACGCGCGCUUUUGACUGGGCAGGUGGACAGAUAGACGGUUCAGGAAGGUCCAGAAGAUGGUGGACAAACGAUACGCUCAAGAACUACCAACAACGUGCGCAGUGCUUCGCCGCUCAACUGCGGCAAUUCAUCAACGACACGAAAGACUUAGCGCAUGUCCUUCCUGAUGUGGUUGCGACAAGUUCUGGACUACGAUUGGCGUUUUUUGCGCUUGAGGCUGCGAUGCAAGAGUCGCACAAAAUGGAAAGGCUCCAGGGGGUGGACCUGUCGAGCCCUCAACUUUUCUUCACAAGUUUCUGUUACCAUCACUGCCAAAACGUCGGUCAGCUUUCCAAUGUGAUUGGUGUGAAAUUCGGUGAUACCUCCUUAGGCGAAAUCCUCUGCAAUGUUGCAACGAGAAACAUGUUGGAGUUCUCGGACGCUUUCGGAUGCUCUGUCAACGACAAAAUGUAUUCUCCCUCUCGUUGUAGAAUAUGGUGAAUAGCGACCAAAUAGUGCAUUCUCAGAAGCCAUAACGUGAUGUAAUAAUCUACGCAAUGACAAUCUGUGCUUAUGUAGAAAUUACACUUUCAUAAAAACAGUCGAGCAUCAUGUGCGUCGAUGUUGGUA